GCAAUGUAAGUAUUUUAAGUCAUGGAACUCAGAUUUUGAUCAAUGCUUUCUUGAAAUUUAUCUUGAGUUUUUUAGUUGCUGCUUUCCUCUUAGAAUCAAAAUCUCACAACCAAUGAAAAAUCCUUAUGAUUCUACAUUCUACAUUAUCUUUCCUUUUACUGUUUCUUACAUUCUGUGUCUUGUUUAUGCUUGUGAGGUUAAAUUUUCCUUUUGCUGUUUGCUUCUUAUGAUUUUAUAUUUAGUUUUUUUUUUUCGUUGGACCUCAUUUUGCUAUUGAAACAUUAUUGAACGAAGCUUCUUCUCUUGCUAGUUGCUCAUGUAGGACCCGUUCUUGUAAUUUUCUGUGAGAAAUAUCCAGAAUUUGGGGUAUAUAUGUAAUAGUUUCAACAUUCUCAGUCAAUGGAGAUUGGAGUCAACGUUUUUCACUGUAUACAGAGCCUCUUUAAAGCUCUGUGAUAGUUGACUGCAAGAAAAGAGAUAAGAAAACUGUGAUACUGAUCCUACUAAUUUUAUGGCUUCUUCGUUUUUCCUUACCACUGUUGCAGCUGCAAUAGGCUUCUUCACCCUUUUGAGAAAACUCAGAUUCCAUCAUGAUAACAAAGAAAAGAAGUCAACUUCUUUAUCUCCUUCAUCAUCUCCAUCUUCUUUGUCUCCUUCAUCAGUUCCUCCACCUUCUUCGUCUUGCAUCUGGACACACCAAGUCUUUCCCAGCUUCAGCGGGGAAGAUGUCCGUAGAGACUUUCUCAGUCACAUUCAGAUGGAGUUUCAAAGAAUGGGAAUCACUCCAUUCGUUGAUAAUGAGAUUAAAAGAGGAGAAUCCAUCGGUCCUGAGCUUCUGCGGGCUAUUAGAGGGUCUAAGAUAGCAAUUAUCUUGCUCUCUAGGAACUAUGCUUCUUCAAAAUGGUGUCUUGACGAACUGGUGGAGAUUAUGAAAUGCAGAGAAGAGUAUGGUCAAACUGUGAUGGCCAUAUUUUACAAAGUGGAUCCUUCUGAUGUAAAAAAUCUGACCGGAGAUUUCGGGAAAGUCUUUAGAAAAACUUGUGCCGGUAAACCAAAGAAGGACAUUGGGAGAUGGAGACAAGCUUGGGAAAAAGUGGCCACAGUAGCUGGUUACCAUUCAAUCAACUGGGAUAAUGAAGCGGCCAUGAUCAAGAAAAUCGCCACUGAUAUUUCGAACAUAUUGAUUAAUUCCACUCCUUCACGUGAUUUCGACGGGUUAGUUGGGAUGAGAGCUCAUUUAGAAAAGAUGAAACCGUUGUUAUGCCUAGACACAGACGAAGUAAGGAUAAUUGGGAUUUGGGGUCCUCCUGGGAUUGGGAAGACCACAAUUGCCAGAGUUGUAUACAACCAACUCUCCCACAGUUUCCAACUGAGUGUCUUUAUGGAGAAUAUCAAAGCAAACUAUACCAGACCAACUGGCUCCGAUGACUACAGUGCAAAGUUGCAAUUACAACAAAUGUUUAUGUCUCAAAUAACCAAGCAAAAGGAUAUAGAGAUUCCUCAUUUAGGAGUUGCCCAAGAUAGGUUGAAAGACAAGAAAGUUCUGGUCGUUCUUGAUGGGGUGAACCAGUCAGUACAACUAGAUGCGAUGGCGAAAGAAGCUUGGUGGUUUGGUCCUGGGAGUCGAAUCAUCAUUACAACACAAGAUCAGAAACUUUUUAGAGCACAUGGGAUUAACCAUAUUUACAAGGUGGAUUUUCCACCAACUGAAGAGGCUCUUCAAAUCUUCUGCAUGUAUGCUUUUGGUCAAAAUUCCCCUAAAGAUGGUUUUCAGAACCUUGCUUGGAAAGUAAUAAAUCUUGCCGGUAACCUCCCUUUGGGGCUAAGAAUUAUGGGCUCCUAUUUUAGGGGAAUGUCGAGAGAAGAGUGGAAAAAGUCAUUACCAAGAUUAGAGAGUAGCCUUGACGCUGAUAUUCAAAGCAUUUUGAAGUUCAGCUAUGACGCUUUAGAUGACGAAGAUAAAAAUUUAUUUCUUCAUAUAGCAUGUUUUUUCAACGGUAAAGAGAUUAAGAUAUUGGAAGAGCAUCUUGCAAAGAAGUUUGUGGAAGUCAGGCAAAGACUUAACGUCUUAGCUGAGAAAUCUCUCAUAUCUUUUAGCAAUUGGGGAACUAUAGAGAUGCAUAAACUGCUAGCAAAACUAGGUGGAGAAAUUGUUCGUAACCAAUCUAUCCAUGAGCCUGGACAACGCCAGUUUUUGUUUGAUGGAGAAGAGAUAUGUGAUGUGCUGAAUGGUGAUGCAGCAGGUAGUAAAAGUGUAAUAGGCAUAGAUUUCCACUACAUAAUCGAGGAAGAAUUCGAUAUGAAUGAGAGAGUUUUUGAAGGAAUGUCUAAUCUUCAGUUCUUAAGAUUCGAUUGUGACCAUGAUACAUUGCAAUUAUCCCGCGGUCUGAGCUAUCUUUCUCGUAAACUUCAGUUACUAGAUUGGAUAUAUUUUCCGAUGACAUGUUUGCCUUCUACUGUGAACGUGGAGUUCCUUAUUGAACUAAACCUGACGCACAGCAAGCUUGAUAUGUUGUGGGAAGGAGUUAAACCGCUUCAUAAUCUCAGGCAGAUGGAUUUGAGUUAUUCUGUAAACUUGAAGGAGCUUCCUGAUCUCUCAACUGCCAUUAAUCUCCGAAAGUUGAUUCUUUCUAAUUGCUCCAGUCUGAUCAAACUCCCUUCUUGUAUUGGGAAUGCCAUCAAUCUCGAGGAUUUAGAUCUUAAUGGAUGCUCAAGUCUUGUGGAGCUUCCCUCUUUUGGGGAUGCCAUUAACCUUCAAAAAUUGCUUCUUCGCUAUUGCUCAAAUCUGGUGGAGCUCCCCUCUUCUAUUGGGAAUGCCAUUAAUCUUCGGGAAUUGGAUCUUUAUUAUUGCUCGAGUCUGAUCAGACUUCCCUCCUCUAUUGGGAAUGCCAUUAAUCUUUUGAUUUUAGAUCUUAACGGAUGCUCAAAUCUAUUGGAGCUCCCAUCCUCCAUUGGGAAUGCCAUUAAUCUCCAAAAACUGGAUCUUCGCAGAUGCGCAAAGCUAUUAGAGCUCCCGUCUUCUAUUGGGAAUGCCAUUAAUCUCCAAAACCUGCUUCUUGACGAUUGCUCAAGUCUGUUGGAGCUCCCCUCGUCUAUUGGGAAUGCCACUAAUUUAGUGUACAUGAACCUUAGUAAUUGCUCAAAUCUGGUGGAGCUUCCUCUUUCUAUAGGAAACCUUCAGAAGUUGCAGGAAUUGAUUUUAAAAGGAUGCUCUAAGCUAGAGGAUCUUCCCAUCAACAUCAACUUGGAAUCUUUGGACAUACUUGUGCUCAAUGAUUGCUCCAUGUUGAAAAGGUUUCCUGAGAUCUCUACUAACGUUAGAGCUCUCUAUCUCUGUGGAACCGCAAUAGAAGAAGUGCCUCUCUCGAUCAGGUCAUGGCCCCGUCUUGAUGAAUUGCUGAUGUCAUACUUUGAUAAUCUAGUGGAAUUCCCUCAUGUUCUUGACAUCAUCACAAAUCUGGACUUGAGCGGUAAAGAAAUACAAGAGGUUCCUCCACUGAUCAAGAGAAUAUCUCGUCUUCAGACACUCAUACUCAAGGGGUACAGAAAGGUGGUAUCACUCCCACAGAUUCCAGAUUCUUUAAAAUGGAUUGAUGCUGAAGAUUGUGAGUCCUUGGAGAGACUAGAUUGCUCCUUUCACAAUCCAGAGAUUACUCUCUUCUUUGGUAAGUGCUUUAAACUUAAUCAAGAAGCAAGAGACCUAAUCAUCCAGACACCGACUAAACAAGCAGUCUUACCUGGUAGAGAGGUGCCUGCAUACUUCACUCACCGAGCGAGUGGGGGUUCAUUGACAAUUAAGUUGAAUGAGAGGCCUCUUCCUACAUCUAUGAGAUAUAAGGCUUGCAUCUUGCUAGUUCGUAUUGGUGACUAUGGCGCUCAUGAUAGAGACAAAUGGUUACAUGUUGCUUUCGGUGUUAGGUCUACAACAUUGGGGCACAUUAUAUAUUCAGGCUUAACAGAGCAUCUGUACACAUUCGAAAUCGAAGAGAAGGUGACUUCCAGCGAGCUUGUCUUUGAGUUCAAGGUCGAGAACGGUAACCACUGGAAGAUUGGAGAAUGCGGGUUACGCCAACUAUCGUAA